GAAUUCUCAUCUUUAACUUCCUAGCGGGAAGUAGUUGCAUUAGUAGCUGUGCUCAGACGGAAAUUCAGAUCCGGAAGAAAAUUAAAGUAUGAGGCUGUCUCGUGCCGAAUACAAAGAGAUAGUUAGAUGGACCGAUCAUUUGAGACCUACACGGCAGUGUAUGAAGAUGCUGAAGGACAGAUUUCCUCAUCACUCGCAGUCCACUCUUCUGAGCAUCUUCUCCCUGGAGUACCAGAAACGCAUCAAAAGAACCAUUUCAAUGCAUCGUUCUCCUGCUGAUGUUGAAAGAUACUUCCAAAGGUAUCUGAGUGAAGCCGAGGCUCGUCCUACAGCUCCUGUCCUGCUAGAGUUGGCCAAUGAGAUGGAUCUGUCUCCUGCUCUGAUGGCUCGUAUUAUCUUGGACAGGUUCCUUCAGGACGUGGACGGUGGAAUCCCCUCCAAAACGGUCCUCAACAGCAUGCUAAAGGAGCCAUCUUUAAUCCCAGACCAAAUACUGGCAAACAAUAUCUACCAAUGCACAAUAAACGACUGCUGUUAUGGACCGCUGGUAGACUGCAUCAAACAUGCCAUUGGACAAGAACAUGAAGUUCUGCUUCGUGACAAACUGAAGGAGCAAAAUCUGUCUUUUCUGGAUGAAAACCAACUGAGAACCAUGGGCUAUGACAAAACUCCUGAUAUUAUCUUGGAAGUUCCUGUUGCCGUGGAAGGACACAUCGUACAUUGGAUUGAGAGCAAGGCCUCCUUUGGAGACGAUCACAGCCAUCGGACUUACCUCAACGAGCAGUUCUGGAGCUACUGGAACAGGUUUGGCCCUGGCCUUGUGAUCUACUGGUACGGUUUUAUUGGCGAGCUGGACUGCCAGAGAGACAGGGGUAUCCUACUCAAAGACUGCUUCCCCACAGACAUCGUCACCUUGUGUCAUGCCACCCAGCAGGAGCGAACACCAGAGGCCCCGAAAGAGGACAAAGAGUGGAAAAAAGGGAUCCGAAGAGUAGCAGAUGAAAAACCGGGAAAAAAACUGAACGUCUGAAUGGGAGGAAAGGGAGAGAGCAACAAGGAGGUGGGAAGGUUAGAAACACUGAACUAUGUAAGGGUGGAUUCCUGCUAUGGAUCCGGAAGCAAUUUGGCUUUCCUGCGGCGUGAUAACAGCUGGCAACAAAACUGCCCUGAACUCCACCUGACCCUCUUUCUUCGUCUGUAUCUCACGUUCUUCCUGUAAUUCACCACACCAAAGCAGCCUCGAGUAAACACACAGCAGCAUAUCUGACGGCACGGCCAGACGCCGCUCGUGGUCAACACCUGGCCCUUGGAUGGCCUCUCGCUGUAGAUGGCCAUGGUGCUCGUCAGGACCGAAGCAGGACAUAAGACCCUUACUUAUCACACCCAAAGCCCUGGCCUUUGUCACUCCUUCCUCCUCUGCUCCAUUGGCAGAUAAGAGAGGUGCGGUCUAGAGGAUCGGUGGACGCCUGUCUCUCACCUGCGUCACUCAGUGCCCUCUCAGUCUCUCUACAGGGGGGUAAACAGGAUCAUUUCUGAUUAGGAUGCCCUCCCAGUGACCUUUUCUCCUUGUUUUUUUUUUUUACAGUGGUUUAAAGCACUCUUUAUAUUUACACUGUAACAAAGUCUACAGUUUAUUAUAAUUGAAGUCAUUUUGUUUCUAACCUCAUUAUUGAAAGAUGUUUAAUUUCUAAUUCAACAGUUGCAUACAUUUUUUAUAAAUAUGGCAUUUUCUUGUGAUAAAGGGAUUAUUUUAAGAAAACGCGACAUUCCCAACAGUUCAAGCACUGAUACCUGAGAAAAUGUAAAACCAAUCCACCAAACUCCUGCAAAUGUUAAUAAUUAUGAUAAAUCAGAACAUGACAUUCAGGAACUUUGCUUAUUGUGCUAAAUUUGACAUUUAAAUAUACUUAUUUGUGGUGUUGAGCCAUAAAAAGCUUAAAAAUACAUAAAACACAAAUGUAUUUGCUAUUGAAUCUGUUAAUAAGAUGAAAACAUGGUGAUAUCACAAUGAAUUUAAAAAGCUAAAUGUCUUUUACACAAUUUGUCAUUUUCAUGUAUUAAGGAAGGGAUUUCUCUUAUUGUGUAGGUUUUUUUUCUCUGUUUUAAUGCUUUAAUAAAUAUUUCAUCAGAUUAUCCCAUAUAUAUAUAUAUAUAUAUAUAUAUAUAUAUAUAUAUAUAUAUAUAUAUAUAUUCUUGCCCUCCAGAAUUAACACAAUAAACUUUAUGUACUUCUUUAGCCGUGAGGGGCUCACCGGUACAAGGAAACACCUUAUUGCCAUGUAAAGGCGCAGGACUAUCUUGUGGUCGUCUGUUGCUCAUCUUUAUAACCCCAGCACAUUUUAUGAGGAGAUACUAAUGGAAGAAACACAGCUGAGCUCGGGGAACCAAAACAUAAAGUUGAGUGAUGCUUUUAGAGUCCAAUAUGCACUCCCGAUAGGAGGUCCCUGUCCUCUUCUUUAUAGUGCACAAAACGAUAAGAGGAAAGAAAGUGUAAAGGUGGAGAUCCUCGUAGAGAGGAAUCAUUUUUUCCUUAUUCUAAAUAAAAUCUAAUAUGAAAAAUUCUGUUUAUUUUUGUCUUAUUUUGGCAUCAUUGCUGCAAAGUCUUUCAUGCCAAGAUGCAACUGUUUGGUAACCGGCCUAAUCUUUUGGUUGCAGAGUAAAAAAAAGUUCUUGCUUUUCUCUUGGACUGUUCUUGCAGUUAGAGAGAUAUGGCAUGUGGGGGUUAAAUACCACUAAAGUGUUGCUUGAUUUGUUACCCUUAAACCUCUAACCCUCAGCCGGCUCCCUUCUAGGCCUUGAUCCCACCGUGAGCAGGCCACUGGGUCACCACGAGGUCGCCAGGCAGCAAUGCCUUCCUCUGUCGUCCUUGCCGCCCCCUCACCUCGCCCCAUGUGGUACAAAACAACUGUCCCCAUGUGUCCAGUUAAACCCAGUCCUAAUGCCUGAUCGUGGUAUGCUUAGACAUCAUUUUAUGACUCCUGUUGGACAUGAGAAAACAGAGCGGUUUUACACGGGGAGGGAACAUUCUCCAUUGAACAAGAGCAGAAUAAAUGGAAAACAGCAGAUUCAGUUCCUCCUAAGUUUCAACCUUCCUGCCAUUGUUUUCCAAGAUGGCUGUUGCACAAAGGAGGAGCCAGGGUCAAAUCCUAUAAAUUAGGUUGUGCAACACAAUGUGGACUAAAUACAGCUUUUUUAAAAUCCACAUCAAAGGCGAGUGCUGGCAUCAACAUAAGCUGAAAAGAUUUCCAUGAUGUAAAUAGAAAUGUUAAAAAAAACUGCUUCCAUCUGAUUAUUUUUAAAAGCCAGACAUCUUUAUUUAGUGUUUUCCUCGUCUGUGUCUUCCACCGCUUUUAGAUGCAUUGUUCUUGUCAGAACAAUAACAGUAAGGUUAUAGAGUGCUUUCCAUAUACGGCUGAAUUGGGGAGGCUGCUUCCUGGGGCUGUGAACACCCGGGAUCCGAAGAAGCAACCAGAACAUAGCUUGCAGCAGUAGAUCGUGGUCAUCUGAGUGUGACAGAAAAAUUGGCAGAAUUAAGGAAUUCCUGUUGCGAUGUUAACUUCAAAUAGCAUUCAGUCGAUGACAAUUAAUUGAAGUUUUCACAAUUCCUCUGUGAGGAAUUUCAGUAUUGUAACAAAAACUAAUAAAUUACAUUAGUGAACAAUUAUACAAACUCCCUCAUCUUAAAUGUCCACAGCUCAUUUAGACACUUUAUUUUUUUGGGUACAACAGAAAAGAAGCAGAGGAUCCUAUUGAAAGUUGACCUAGCUACUUCAGACUAUCAUGUAGAAGAUGAAAGAUCUGCCCCUUUGUACAAACAUUUCCAUGCAGGGAGGAGCCACGUGCUACUAGCCUGGCAAGUCAAGACUAAAUAAAUAAUGCUCCAAUGACAGAUCUCGGUUGCGGGGCGGGUUCUACCAUUGUCGUUCAAUUUCCGCAUGCUACUGGGCAAUGAACAACGUGACGAAAAUACAUAAUAGGUGACUAGCCUAGUGAACUAGACCAAAUUCUUGCUUUGCAAAGUUUGGUCAAGAACGCUCCAUUGGGACCUCUGCAGACUCUAGCCACAUUCCGGCUGGCCAAUCAUAGAUCGCUAUAGGGGAUUCAAACACAUAAAGCACUGUGAUUGGUCCAUAAUGGUGGGCCAAUCACAGCGCUUUAUCCGCUUAGUUGGCCAAUCAGGGCUUUCUAUUUGUCUAGUGGGCAGAAUGAUGCAACAGAGAGGAAAAAUAUGGUGACAGGUUGUUUGAAAUGUUUUUACAUUAAUUUUGGACUAUUUAGACUUGGGUUUUAUUAGAAUCAGGAGCAGAUAGAUGUAUUUAAGUUCUUUUUUUUAGUAAAAAGGAUGUAUUUUAACCUGCUUCAACAGCGGACCGCCUCGUUUACCGACUUCCGUUGCAGUUAGUACGCCACGUUGUUUAUUGUCCACUAGCAUGCAAAGAUCGUUGGAAAGAAAACGGUAGAACUCGCCACACAACCAAGAGCUGUCCAUGGAAUGUUGUCAGACUAAAUAUUGUAUUUAUUUAGUCUGGCUUGCCAGGGUACUCAAAAACAUCUAUCUGAUUCUAAUAAAGCCCAAGUCCAAAUAGUCCAAAACUUUGGUAAAAGCCUUUUCAAACAAGCUGUUGCCAUCCUGUUCCACUUUGUUGCAUCAUUCUGUCCACCAAACUAAUAGAGCGCCUGGAUUGGCCCAUAAAGCUGAUUGAGCACUGUGAUUAGCCCACCAGUGUGGACCAAUUGCAGCUCUCUAUUGGUUUGAAAUCCCAAAAGAGAACUGUGAUUGGCCAUCCAGAAUGAUGCUAGGGGCCGUUCCAAUGGACUCACAUAAUUUGUGCUUUAAUACUUAAUAUGGCAAGCCAGUUUUGUAAUUUCUGGUCAUCAUUAAAUAAUUUUCCCACACCCAGAUUAACAUUAGCUGAAAUUUGGUGUGAUGUUUCAUAAUGUAUGCUUUUAGUAUUUUCACAUGUCACUUGGAUCUGUAUUUGGAUUUUGCGUGGAGUUAAGCUUGACAAAAUAUUUUUGUCGUUUCUUUUGUCACAAAUAUAUUUUUGAAAACAAAAGUGAAACGAAAAAAUGUGCAUGAAGACUAAAACUAUCAAUUACUAAAGUUCAAUCAGAAGACAGGAAGUAUUUCCCUUUGAACAUCUUAGGUGUGUUCUUGCUGUGUCGUAUUUCUAAUUCCAUGCUGUAGUUCUUUUUUAAAACACAGAACAGUUUUGUUACCUGUUUUCCCGCUAUGUUUCGUUUGCGGCUGCAAACUUCCUCAGGCUGAUGCGUAAAAAGUCUUGAAUUUUGACAAAUGGGUCUUAACAUUUGUGCUGUAUGUAAAUUCUCCGUACUGUAUUUGUCCUCUAAAGUUUCAUUUAUCAACCAUAAUCAUUUUUAUUAAAUAAUGUAGCAUGAAUAAAGAAUGGCGGAACCAAUAAUUGAGAAUGCAGCGCAGCCUCCAGUCAAAUUACUCCGAACAAGUUCAGCUCCCACGCUACAGCAGCGAUAAACGGUAAACAACACGGGCCACACACACCUCCAGCACGAGAAAUGCGCAAAAUCUCAGCAGACCAUGAGAAAGGUUGACUGACGCCUAGGGCUGGGUGACAGAACACUGGACCUCUUUGGAACCGAGUGAAAACAUUUGGUAGGUACUGAUAUCAGACAAAAAGUAUUAAAAUGUCCCAACAUGCCACUGUGGGUCACAUGACUGAUCCCAAGUCACGUUAAGAGUGGAGGAGACUCAUCUCCUUUCACCAACACUUCUCUGCAGUUUGCAGAUGAAAAUGCAAAAAAAUACUAAAACGUUUGGGCAGUGGCAGUUUUACCAUUAGGCAUAGGUCGGCGGCCGCCUGGGGCUCCCUUAUGUUGGGGGGCCCCCUAGCCCUGACUGCUGGCACCCCUCUGUUAAUGCCACAAUGGACUAUUCCUUUAAGAUGGCGAUACACAAACAGGAAGUGAUUGGUAGUCAUUCCACUCUAAUCCAGUUGGUGGCAGUAAUGCACCAAAUUGUUGUUUGCCAAGUGCCAUAAGACCACAAAUAAGAAGACGAAGAGAAAGCAGAAAAAGAAAAAAAGAGGCUGGAGCAUUUGUAACAAACUCGAAGCGGUAGUCAAAACAUUAAGCAUGAAAUGGAGUUAUCCUAGUUAUCCAAUUAGAGAAAGAAGCAGCUUGCUUUAAAAAAGCUUUUAUCUUCACUUCCAAAAGUGACGUCGUUUUUCAAUGUGAACAUCAAAAGGAGGCAGAAAAGGAAAGAUGAUGGAAAAUGUUAAAGGGAGGAAAACAUAGACCAAAAUGGAAAAUAGAAGAAAAUAAAGAAAGGCAAAAGCACAGAAGCACUGACAUGAAGAAGAAAGCAGAGCAAAUAUUGAAGGCACUCAAGGGGAGAGAAAGACAGGAAAAAAGAGGAGGACUAAUAUAAAGUGAAAACGACUCAGGUCAGAAGAGGGUAGAGUUUUGCUAAUCCAGUUAAAGAUAAGAUUGUCUAAAAUUUUGUGUAAGGGGGCCCCAUGUCUGUGUUCGCUUUGGGCCCCCAAAUAGCUAAAUCCGCCACUGUGUUUGGGUGCAUUUCGCUAAAGUAAGCAGCAGCUAAAUGCAACACCAGCGAGAAGAUUUGUGCCGUGAAAAUCAGAAAUAGCAGCAAUUUUACAAAACACCUCGACAUGCAGGGCAUCAUCUCGAAAGCUGGAACAUGGAAAGUCUGUGCAAAAAAGUAAACCUGAGUCCAUCACCUUCCAAAACACUGGAAUAGUCUGAGGAUGGAGGCUGAUAAAAGCAGAAAUGGGA